AUGAUGGCCGCCGCCCAAAUGCCUCGACCUCCCUACCCCCCAAUGUCAUACCAUACGCCGCAAUCCAACUCCCCAGCAUCUGUCGCCUCUCCCUCGCAACAUGAUCAGCACAGAAGUCUGUACGGCCAGCCGCCGUCGCAGCAUCUUCAGCAGUCAAUGUACUACCAACCGCAGUCGCAUUACCAGCCAAUGCCUCACCACCCCAGUGCGUCGCCCUAUGCGCAACAUGCUCAACAUCCUCAUCAUCCGCAGCAAUCCAUGACCUCUCAGCCCAACAUGAUGAUGUCGCACACGGCUCCUCAGAACCAGAUGACGCAGCACGCAGCGCAGCAUGCGCAGGCCGGCAUGACCGGAAGCCCCAGACCAAAGAUUGAACCGCAGGUUCCUGUUCAGCUGCAGAAGCAGGCACAGACUUCACCCAUGCCACAGGCGCAACAUCAACCAAACGCACCGCAGUUACAAAGCCCAGGAAACGCUGCGCCGGGCGUCAAUCCUAAUGCUGCACCAGGACCUAUUCCCGCGACAACUCCGCUGGUUGUGAGACAGGACGGCAAUGGCGUUCAGUGGAUUGCGUUUGAAUACUCGCGAGACCGGGUCAAGAUGGAAUACACUAUUCGAUGUGACGUUGAGUCAGUUAACACAGACGAGCUCUCUCCCGAAUUCAAACAGGAGAAUUGCGUCUACCCUCGGGCUUGUUGCCCCAAGGACCAGUACCGUGGAAAUCGGCUGAUGUACGAGACUGACUGCAACCGUGUUGGGUGGGCUUUGGCGCAGCUCAACCCUCCGCUGCGUGGCAAGCGAGGCUUAAUUCAGAGAGCAGUUGACAGCUGGCGAAAUAGCAACCAGGACCCGCGCCUUCGAAGUCGACGAGUCCGCCGUAUGGCCAAGAUGAACAACCGCAAGCAGGUUCAGGGAACACCCACGCCUCACCCAGGCGCAACUCAUCUUCCUGGACCCGGCGGGCCAUCAGGGAUGCCAGCGGCACCCGCUCCCAUGGGACAUGGGGCACCACCCAUGGGCAAGCCUGGGAUGGGCAGCAUGGGGCAGCCUUUGCAUCAUCACGCUGGGGCUCAUGACGGCAGUGCCCCAGGUGGAGGAGAUGAAGUCGGUGCAACCGGCCAGGGCCAUCAUGGCGGAGAUGAUAUGAGACCUGCCCACGUCUUCACUGGCUAUGUUGGUCAAGGCUACCCUGCCAGUGCUCAAGGCGGGCCAAUGUCUCACAUGGCUCCUCGAGCAGGUAGCAAUGCCAUGCCCGGGCGAUCGCAUAGUCGGGGUAAUGUCGAUGAACCGGAGGGCCUCUUCCCUGACGUUCCCGAGGCGAAGAAGCGAAAGUUCAUUCUUGUGGAUGAUAACAUGCGGGGUUCCAGGCUCCGAGUUCGAGUUACUCUUGACGGCGUGGACACCAAUGAGAUUCCUGACAGCUUCCGAAAAGGCGCCAGCGUAUUCCCUCGAAGCUACUUUCCCCGUGAAAUGCAAAGUCCACCUCCAAGCGCGACCGGUUCUCAAUUCUUCACCGAAGACUUGUCCGACGACGGAAUCCAGGAGACAGAAGGUCGGGAGCUUGCUCGGCGGGGAACAACCAAGUCAAGCAGCCAAGCAGUCAAGGUGAGCAUGGCCGAGGGCCAGGAUGGCGAGGUCGAUGUGCCAAGGAUGAGGAAGUCGUAUCGCGGGAAGGAGGUAAAACUGAACGACUUGGGUUAUCGCAUGGCAUGGCUUCAGAGCCGUGUGUUUGCAGGCCGGACUGUAUUUCUGCAGCGAGCUCGUGAGUACUCUUGA